GAUAUAUUAACAGUCAAACAAUAAAGAGUGCAAUUCUAUUCAAAAUAUUUACAUCGAUUUUGUUUCAAACAUGUCAGAUCCGUUGCAGGGAAACAUGAGCAACCCUCACAUAAAUUCGUUGAAGUUUGCGAAACUGCAUAGUCCAAAAAUGAAAAGCGUUUACUGGCGCCAUUUUGGUUAUCCCACAAAUGAAGACGACUGCAUUAUAACGAAACAGAAUGUCGUAUGCAUUCUUUGUCACAAGGUCUUAACCAAUCACGGCAAUACCACAAAUUUAAGGGCCCAUCUUCAAUACCGUCAUAAGGAAAUCUUCAAUAAAAUUGUUGCAGAAAAUGGCAUAAAAGUUCCCCCAAGAAAAGUGAUUAAAAAAAGUACCCAUGGUAUUGUUAUUGUAAAACGUGGACUACCAAAUGAACGCAAGGUGAAGACGGAAUAUUUUGAAACUUCCCAAAAUACCAGUUUAUCUGGUGAAGGCUGCGAUGACCAAUCAGUCCUUUAUGAGUCAAUAGUGCCGGAAACAUACGAAGAUGAUGAAGACAUUGACAGUAAUCAAUUCACUAAAAUUGGAGUGACAGCAGGACUUGAAAAGAAUGCUACAUCCUUUCAGUUUCACACCAUUAAAAAAUUUGAAAACAAUGACAAUGAAGUUACUAUUGCCGUUGAAGAUGGUAGUGAAACGUUAGAUUCCUAUCAGUUUCAAUUUCAUAUCGUGAAUUUAGUAAUAGAUGAUAUGCGAAAUAUCGAUACACUUUAUGAGCCAGGAUUUUCAAAGUUUACACAAAUAAUCGCACCAAAUUUAACAAUUCCACCUCCUGAAAAAAUCACAUCAUAUAUUAAAGAAAUGUACAGCGAUAAGCGAACAUCCAUAGCUGAUCAGUUAAAAAUGCAUUCCCAAAUUAAACCAUUCUCAUUGGGGUUCGAAAUAUGGACAAAUGUAGAGGAUAUACAGUUUUUGUCUAUUUAUUAUAACUACACCAAUGAUUCACCUGAAUAUAAUUUAAUCAACCAGCUUUAUUGCACUAUGGAAUACAAUAAAUACUCUUUGCUUGAAGAAGCCUUCGAGGAUUUCAAUUUACAAAAUUGUACCGCCGCUGUUGUUAAUGAUUAUGAUUAUUAUUUAAAGCACUUUCGUAACAGCAAAAGCGUUAAGGCCGCUAUUGUUAAUGAUUAUGAUGACUAUUUAAGGCGUUUUCUUAACAGCAAAAGCAUUCCGAUCAUUUUGUCUUACGACGUUAUCAUAAACUAUUGCCUGAAAAGCGUCUACGACCUGCCAGCUGUUGCGUCACUGAUAGAGGGAGUCAAAAACGUCAUCAUGCGUUACUUUAUGGAUCUCAGUACAAAGGAUGUUAAUAUACCGCAAGCAAACGAAAAUUUCCCCUGGACUUAUUAUGAAUUAUUGAAAUUUUUUACGGAAACCGUUUCAUGGCCGGAAGAAGCAGAAGGUUUAGUGGCUUCUUCAAAGGCUAUAGUGGACACUUUGAGCACACUUGCUGUAACAUUGGAUACAUUAAAAGGAGAAGAGGUACCGUUAAACAGCAUGUUAUCACCCAUUACAUGUAAAGUGUUGAAUAAAAAGUUGACUGUAACAGAAAAUGAUGAUCAAUUUGUGGCUUCUAUUAAAUCUGCUAUCAAAAGCAAGCUUCAAUAUUUUAUUUUAUCUGAUGACCAUUUAACGAUUUCGGCUUUAUUGGAUCCAAGAUUUCAUCGUUUAAUAACUGUUAACAAUUUUAACAAAUGCUUGCAAAUCCUAACUGAGAAAUUUAAUACAAUUAGUGAAAGCCAAGGUUUUGAUAGUUCGAUACAAGUUGGAGAAGUUCGACCAAAGACGCCUUUAAACACAAAUGUGAAGAAAUCAAAUUUAGAGUUAUUUUUUGAUUUGACUGAAACACCUCCGGAGCAGCUGGCAAAUGAGCAAAGCAAUGUCGAAGCUGACCUAAAACGCUAUCGAACCGAAGUCUAUGUCAAUCUGGACGAAUCACCUUUUGUGUGGUGGCAGAAAACGGGUAACACGUAUGGUGCUCUAAAGCAUUUGGCCGCUAUAUAUCAAUGCGUUCCCUGCACUGUAAAUAUGAAUUUUAAAAAAUCUCUUGAUGAACAAAUACGAGCUCAUCAAAAACGUUUUAUGUUAGUCGGGAGUUUAAUAGAUGCAAUUUUAUUCUUACAUUGUAAUAAAUAAGAAUAAGCAUGUAUUGAAAAGUUGAAUUAUUUUAUUAUAUUAUUUUUCGGAUGAAAUCAAUUACCAAACUGAAAACCUGGGCCAGUUGAAACU